CUCGCGCCGUCGUUCUGCCCUGCCCGCGAGCUCAGGCGCGCCCCCGCCUGGUCCUUUCCCCCCCUCCGCCCCCGCUCCAAGGCUAACUCUUGGCUUAAUUGAACCAUUCGGGAACGCGCUUCGCGCUGCGGGUUUACUUUUCUUCAGGCGACGGCGAAAGCGUAGCUUGGGAACUCAUCGUCGAGGGUGGGUGGAAGAGUGGUGGGCGCGUAUAUGUUUUCCGUGGCCGGCCGUUAAGAGGCAUUCCUCACCCCCUACUGGGCGCUUCUUCCCUUGGAUAAGGAUCGGGACGCAGAGCACCGAAGUUGGAGAGUGAAAGACCUGCGUCUGUCCCUCCUCCUACAGAAUAUAAGAUGACUACUGAAGGGCAAAGAGUUGAUGAUAGCCCAAGUACCAGUGGAGGCAGCUCUGAUGGAGAUCAGCGAGAAAGUAUUCAACAGGAUCAGGAAAGAGAACAAAUUCAACCUAAGAAAAAAGAAGGCAAAAUCUCUAGCAAAACAGCAGCUAAACUUUCAACCAGUGCUAAAAGGAUUCAGAAGGAGCUUGCAGAAAUUACAUUAGACCCUCCUCCAAACUGUAGUGCUGGACCAAAGGGAGACAAUAUUUAUGAAUGGAGAUCAACUAUACUUGGCCCUCCAGGUUCUGUAUAUGAAGGAGGAGUUUUUUUCCUUGAUAUCAUGUUCUCUCCAGACUAUCCAUUUAAACCACCAAAGGUUACAUUUCGGACAAGAAUUUAUCAUUGUAAUAUUAAUAGCCAAGGAAUAAUUUGCUUGGACAUUUUAAAAGACAACUGGAGCCCAGCAUUAACAAUAUCCAAAGUCCUUCUCUCCAUCUGUUCACUUCUUACAGACUGCAAUCCUGCUGAUCCCCUAGUUGGAAGUAUUGCUACUCAAUAUAUAACAAAUAGGGCGGAGCAUGACAGAAUGGCCAGACAGUGGACCAAGAGAUAUGCAACAUAGGAAACUGCUGAAGAAUAUGCUGGACCUGUACAAGCACAUUCACUAAGUGCAUCAGUAACCCUCCUGUUUAAUUUUUAUUAAAUUUUGAAAUAUUUUGUGAUAGAGUUGAUUAUACUUCUCCUCUCCCUUUUAUUAUUUUACUUUUCUGCUUAAUUUGAAAAGUGUAUCUUUUUAAUAGAGAUUUGGAAUUUGGGUUACAGUGCAAGGAAUGUUGAACCUAUAAUAAUAUAGAGCUGCAGUCCCCAAUCUUUCCAGCUCUGCGGACCGGCAGUUAGGGUGGGAAAGGGAAUGGAUUUAUAUGUGUACGCAUUGAUUGUGCAAAUGCAGCUUUAUAUGCUCAUGCACUUGUCCACCACUUUCGUGGCCUGGUUCCCAACAGCUGACAGCCCAGCAGCAAGCUGGGGGUUAGGGACCCCUGGUGUAGAGCUUUGUCACAAAGCUUUAUAGCAAUGUAUUUUUUUUCUUUUGUGUGUUUCAGAAAAUCAAGCACGUUCAAAACUACAUAUUAUUUCUACUUAAAUGUAGUAUUUAGGAGAUUUUUUCAUAGAAGUCUUUAAGGGGGGGGUGCAUGUUACUGGGAACAGGUUCUCUAUAAAAAGCAUAAAAUCAAGAAUCACUGUGAAUUAUUAACACUAUGUUUUAACACAAAGCUACUGGUUUGAACCACAGAUAUGUAUGUUGAUUUAAUUAUAUAUAAAAAGUGUUUGUAAAUUUCUUAGGGACCUUUCACUUUUGAUUAUAGAUUAGUUGAU